AUGCCAUCUUAUGCCAAGUACAUUAAGGAAAUUGUGUCUAAUAAAAAAAAACUGGAAGAGUUUGCUACUGUGCAUUUAAAUGAGGAGUGUAGUGCUAUUUUGCAAAGCAAAUUACCUCCUAAGCUAAUGGAUCCAGGAAGUUUUUCUAUUCCUUGCACUAUUGGUAAUACUGUUGUUGAUAAAUGCUUAUGUGAUCUAGGUGCCAGUAUUAACCUUAUGCCUUUAACUCUUUUCAAGAAGUUGGAAAUAGCUGAAAUGAAGCCAACAACAAUCUCUUUUCAACUUGCUGAUAGAUCAGUCAAGUACCUGCUUGGAGUAGUGGAGGAUAUAUUAGUAAAAGUUGGUAAAUUUUAUUUUCCUGCUGAUUUUCUGAUUCUUGAUAUGGGUAGUGAUACAGAUACAUCUCUUAUACUUGGUAGGCCAUUUUUGUUGACAGGAGGAGUAUUAAUUGAUAUGCCUUUAGGGAAAUUGAUUUUUAGAGUAGGUAAAGAAAAAGAGGAAUUCUCUAUCUCUAAGGCUGUAAAAUUACCAACUUUUGAUGAAUCAUGUCUUUUUGUUGAUGUUAUUGAGAAACCAUCAGAAGAAGAAUUUGUUAAGCAUUCACCUAGUGAAACACCACAUCAACUUGAACUUAAACCACCUUCAUUGCGGUUCAAAUACGAAUUUUUGAGUAACAAUGAUACUUUUCUUAUGUUUUCUUAUGCUCAUUUACUUCAUGCAAAAGAAUAG